AUUGUUGGCGAGCAUGACAGCGUGAAGAGUGCCCUUUUUCAACUUACUGGUAGGCUGAGGGAGGCCUUCUUUUCCAGUUUGGUUUCUGAAGAAGCAGUACCUAGAAAUUAUCCUUAUUCUUCGUGCUCCCAUGGAAGUCUCCAUGAAAUUGGUACUAGUAUGCCUUCUCAGUUGGAUCACAGCUUUUCUUCUCUUGAUAAAAUGGAUCAUCUUGGUUUUGUGCCAAAUCUUGGUGUUCCUCAUUCGUUAUUACAGGACAAACAGUCCAUGCAUAGAUCGAAUGGCAAGACAAUCAAAGAAAGCAUGGGUGGCUGGAAGAGUUCUCAAGGUGGACCUGAAAGUGGAAGGGUGGAUGAGAAUGGGGUAGCAAAGAAAACCAUUGUGAUCACUGUUUCAGGACAAAAAUUUAGUUCUGUUUAUGGCGAGAAUGGUUCCAAUUUGGCUCGAUUGAAAGAGAUCUCUGGAGCCGCAGUCGUUCUACAAGAUCCAGGUCCUGGAGAAUGUGAUGGAAAGGUGAUCAUAUCUGGUUCACCUGAACAGAUCCAGAUUGCACAGAGCGUUCAUCAAGCCUUCAUCUUCUUAUAAUAAAAACCACCAGUGCUCCAGGACAUACACCGGCAAGAAGAUGGGUGCUACCCCCAUAUUUUGAUAAGAUGAUUCCUUCGUCACUAGUGGAUAGUUAUGGUGCAUUUGGCAACCUGUAAGUAUGCAUGCUCCAUACCUACAUUGUCUAGGUUCUUACUUUGAAACAUAGUCGCUAGACCUCGGGUAAAUACACCAGUCUGUGUAAAGACUUUGUGUUUAAAUCUACAUUCGCUGUAAAGUUUGGUGCGAAACAAAAAAAACAUUACUGUUGCCAUUACUCUGUAAAUUGGUUGAGCUAAUGUGGUACCAGGUGUGGUGUACCGCUUCCUUUCUGGAAGUGGAUCUGAGAUUGAAACUCGAUGGGUUUAACCCUUAAAGUUCUUACAACUGAACCUAAUGCAUUUAUGAAAUUAUGGGUUCAUAACUUUUA